GAAGCCAGAGUGCGAACAGCUUCCAUCCUCGUCAGUCAUAAAUCAUUAACAAUCCAACACAAUGAACUUCACUUUGCUACUCCUCCUCGCCUGUGUUGCUGGCAUCCUGGCCGCACCCGCUCCUGUCCCCGAGGAGCAGCAGGAGUCGUCCGCGAAGGCUAAGCGAGGACUCUCCCUGGGCUUGGGCUACCAUGCUCCGUUGGUGACAACCUCGCAUUACGUGGCUGCACCGACCAUCGUGCACCACGCUCCAAUAAUCUCGCACGCCCCCCUCAUCGCCCACGCCCCCCUAAUCGCCCACCAUCCGGUGUCGUCGGUGUCCUAUCAUCUGCCCUCCUACCACUCUAUUCACCAUUUUUAA